AUGCCUAUUUACAAUCAGCUGCGAAUAGAUAAGCCAGGACAUUUGAUCAACUGUGGCGGCGGCGGCCUUGGAUGGUCCGGCGGUGCAACGCUGGGUGUCGAACUGGCAAAAGAUUCCCAGGCCAUGGAUGAGGGUAACUUCGUCUGUGAGAUUGUUGGCGAUGGCACGUUUCUCUUCGGCUGUCCCGGAACUGUCUAUUGGGUUGCACGACGGUACAAGCUACCAACACUAACAAUAGUUCUAAGUAAUAAAGGCUGGAAUGCUCCUCAGAACUGCUUGCAGGUAUCCUUUCUCGUUCACCCUACCGGUUACGGAGCGGACUCCACGAACGAAGAUCUGAACAUCUCCUUUUCGCCGACACCUGACUUUUCGGGUAUUGCCAAGGCGGCAGCAGGUGGCGAGGCAUGGGCAGGAGUGGCAAAUAGCGCCAGAGACCUCAAAACCAUGAUUCCUGAGGCGGUGGAGGCGGUGCAAAACGGUAUCUCGGUCAUUAUGGAGGUUCGACUGAGUGGGUCAUGGUAG